UAAUAAACCAUUUUGGAGACCUGGCCCUCGGUGGUGUAUAGAAGCUCAAAAACACCCGCGAAUUUAUCGUUUUUCCUUCCUUUUUUUUUUAUCUUGUUUUUUGUUGGGUGUUUUUAUAAAUCUCUUCGUCGACGCUCAUCGAUACAGUUCUCAGAUUUUCAAGAAUGAGGCUUGCUAUGGAAGAACCAUCUUGUAGUUCUGCACAGGAACAGAUAAUUGACUUAAUUUCAGCAGUGAAGGGGUUGCAUGGGCUCAGCUCUCAGGAACUUCAUAAGUUGUUGAGGGACUCUGAAAACUUCACUAUUCACUACCUUAAAGAAAAAAAGUCAAUGACUAAGAUUGAUAUGGAAAAGCUUGCAGGAUUUCUUCCCUUGCACCUUAUUGCAGUGCUUAUGUCAUCUGACAGAGAUGAGGCCCUAUUCAGAUACAUGUUAUCCGGCAUUCGUCUCUUGCAUUCAUUGUGUGAUUUAGCACCUCGACACGUUAAACUUGAGCAGAUUUUGCUAGAUGAUGUAAAAGUGUCAGAGCAGCUGCUUGACCUGGUGUUUCAUUUGCUAAUUGUUCUCAGUGGUUAUAUACAGGAAACCCAAAAUUUUGGCCCCUUGCCCCUUAUGCAGUCAGCAUUGGUGGCAUGCAGUCUAUAUCUAUUAACAGGAUGUAUAUCUUCACAGUGGCCAGAUCUUGUUCAUGUAUUGCUAGCACAUCCUAAGGUAGACAUAUUUAUGGAUGCUGCUUUUGGAGCAGUUCAUGUUGCCAUUAGGUAUCUUGACAUCAAGCUGUCAGCUCAACAUCCUGAUUUAUGCAUGAAACCAAGCCUGUCUGCUGAACAAAUAAUUAACUAUCUCUGCCAACAAUGUGAGGCUUCUUUACAGUUUCUUCAGUCAUUGUGCCAACAAAAAAUGUUUCUGGAGCGCCUACUCAGGAAUAAGGUACUAUGUGAAAAGGGUGGUGUUCUGUUUCUGGCUCGAGCCAUCUUGAAGUUAAAUGUCACACCGCCUUUUGUAGAGUCCUCCAGAGUUGUGGCGGCUGUAUCUAGGCUGAAAGCUAAAUUCCUAUCAAUUCUGUUGAAUCUAUGUGAAGCGGAAAGCGUCUCUUACCUGGAUGAAGUUGCUAGUUCACCAAGAAGUCUUGAUUUGGCAAAGUCUGUAGCUUCAGAGAUUUUUGAGUUGUUGAAGAUUGAGCUUGGUAAAGAUCCCAAACAUCUUGCUGCUUGCUCUCACAGAAGUUACCCCAUCGGGUUUUUGCAACUCAAUGCGAUGCGCCUGGCUGACAUCUUCUCAGAUGAUUCAAACUUUCAAUGUUACAUUGCAAUAUACUUUACCGAAGUUCUGACUGCAAUAUUGUCACUCCCUCAUGGAGAUUUUAUAUCCAGUUGGUGUUCUUCUGAUCCCCCAGUUAGAGAAGAUGAUUCUACUCUUGAAUAUGAUUCAUUUGCAGCAGCUGGAUGGGUUUUGGAUAAUUUUGCAUCAUUGGACCAACCGAAUGAAACAAAUUUGGAAUUUACUUUAAUUCCCAAUGGCAUACCUCGGGCUUCUUAUGCACAUCAGAGAACAUCAUUAUUUGUCAAAAUAAUUGCAAAUCUUCAUUGUUUUAAUCCCACUAUCUGUGAAGAGCAGAAGAGGAAUCUCUUCCUUCACAAGUUUCUGGAGAACUUGCAAAUAGAUAUAUCUAAAUCAUUGCCUGGGUUUUCCUUUACUUCUGAUGCUCCAAAAGCUGCCAAUGUUUGCAGGAACCUGCGUUCGUUGUUAAGUCAUGCAGAAUCUUUAAUUCCUAACUUUUUGAACGAGGAAGAUGUACAGCUCUUAAGGAUGUUCUUUAACCAAUUACAAUCACUAAUUACUUCUGCUGAAUAUGAAGAACACCGAGCGCAAGAAGCUCAGAGUCCAGAGGGAUGCUCAUCACUUCUACUGAGAAAAGAACCUCCAAAUCUUAAUGACAGACAGGGUAACUUAAAAGAGGAAAUGUUUGAGGAUUAUGGUUUUCGAGAAAUGGACCAGUUUUGCGUCAAAAGCAGACGUUUGGAUCAUGAUGAGGAUCUGAUGACACAAGAUAGGGGGGAAGGUAAAGCUAUAUCUGGUACGAGAGCAUCUGGAGGUUUGAGAGAAAUCGAUAGAGAUGUUCAGAAUGUUGAAACAAGUUGUUCAGAUACAUGUUCCACUAGAGGAAAGAAUGCUGUUGAUCAAAUGGACAAUGGUGGGCUCCUACAAAAGUGUGAGCAGAUAAAAGAAAGUGGACUUGGAGGAGAUACAGAGGACAAAGACGUUGAAAUCAUUCAGUGUGAAGAAAAGCAGCAGAGAAAACGGAAGCGAACUUUGAUGAAUGAUAAACAGACGACUAUGAUUGAGAGAGCUCUCUUAGAUGAACCUCAUAUGCAGAGAAAUGCAGCUUUGAUACAGUCAUGGGCUAAUAAAUUAAGUCUUCAUGGUUCAAAGGUUACACCUGCACAGCUUAAAAACUGGCUGAACAAUCGGAAAGUCCGGCUAGCCCGUGCCCGCGCAGCUAAGGCUGUUCGUCCAGUACUAGAGGUUGAAAAUGCUAUUCCAGACAAGCAAAGUGAGCCACCACUAAGGCCCAAUGACUCACCUGAGAGUCCUGGUGAAGAUUCUCAUGUCCCAAGAAAGGCCGGUCGAGAUCCUGAAAGCUUCCUGAGAACUUUAGUUGUUGUUGGCCGUGCAGAUUAUGUGGAGUGCAAUCCAGGUCAGUAUGUAAUGUUUGUAGAUGGGCGAGGACAGGAGAUUGGUAGGGGGAAAGUUUAUCUGGUAGAGGGUGAAUGGUUUGGAUGGAACUUGAAGAAAGAAAAGACGUGUGUUGUGGAUGUUUAUGAGCUUCAGGUUGAAAAAGAGACGAUUCUUCCUUACCCUUCUAAGGCUGCAGGCAUCUCAUUUGAAGAGGCAGAAACAAAGAUAGGGGUAAUGAGAGUGAUGUGGGCUAUAAUCAGAAUAUUCACUCUUCGGCCUUAAUGAAUGAAUGAAUGUACCCGAUAUGCUUAAAUGGCUGCUGUGAGAGUUUGUUGUUACAAGCAAGCUGUAAAUUGUACAUCUUUUAGACAGAAAUCAAGAAUAAGUUUAGCAGAUAAGAAA